UCUCCGCUCACUACAUUAUUGAAGCGGAAGAGCUCCUCGGUGGUGAGGGUUUUAGAGGGCAGGAAGAAGAAUGCCGAUCACUCAGAUAGCCAUCGGGACUACGGCCGAGGCAACCCACCCGACUGCACUCAAGGCCGCGCUCGCCGAGUUCAUAUGCACCUUCAUCUUCGUCUUCGCCGGCCAAGGCUCCGGCAUGGCCUACAACAAGUUGACGAGCGACGGGGCUGCGACGCCCGAGGGGCUGAUCGCGGCGGCGCUGGCGCACGGCUUCGCCCUGUUUGUGGCGGUGUCCGUGGGAGCUAACAUCUCGGGUGGGCACGUGAACCCGGCCGUGACCUUCGGCGCCUUCGUGGGCGGCAACAUCACGCUGCUACGAGGCAUCCUCUACUGGAUCGCCCAGCUGCUGGGCUCCACCGUGGCCUGCCUCCUGCUCCGCUUCUCCACCGGCGGGCUCGAGACCGGCACCUUCGGGCUGACCGGGGUGAGCGUGUGGGAGGCGCUCGUGCUGGAGAUCGUCAUGACCUUCGGCCUCGUGUACACCGUCUACGCCACCGCCGUGGACCCCAAGAAGGGAAGUCUCGGCACCAUCGCCCCCAUCGCCAUCGGCUUCAUCGUCGGCGCCAAUAUCCUUGUGGGCGGGCCCUUCGAUGGCGCCUCCAUGAACCCCGCCGUGUCCUUCGGCCCGGCUCUCGUCAGCUGGUCGUGGACCCACCAGUGGGUGUACUGGCUCGGACCACUCAUCGGCGGCGCUCUUGCCGGUAUCGUCUACGAGAUCUUCUUCAUCAGCCACUCCCACGAGCAGCUCCCCACCGCCGAUUACUGAGGUGGCGUUUCGGGCCCUGCACGUCGUGGUCGUCUCCUCCACGUUCCAAAAAGUCCUUGCUCUUUGCUUUCAUCAACGUGUUGUUUAUCCCUAAUUUCCGCUCCUCUUUCGUUUGAGUCCGUGAUCCAAGAUGGUGUUCUCUUUCGUGUAAAAGCCUGAGAGCUACAUCCUUGUGAUGCAUUAAAUUGAUGAUCGCGAUGGUUGUACGCACCUUUCCCUAUAAUCCGAUUUCCUUUCGAUCGGAGUGUCCAA